AAUCACAACAUCCGUGUCAUUGGAGCUUGAGCAUGGCGACGAGCGUGAUGGGGUCUUUCCUUGCUCCACGGGAGGCGCUGUACGCGGCGGCGGUCGCGGCCAUGGCGUGGUGCGCCGUGCGGGCGGUGGAGUGGGCGUGGUGGAGGCCCCGGCGGCUGGGCCGGGCGCUGCGGUCGCAGGGCCUCCGCGGCACGGCGUACCGCCCCGUCGCCGGCGACACGCCGAUGAUGCAACGGCUCAACAGGGAGGCCAGGUCCCGGGCCAUGCCGCUGGGGGUGGGGUGCCACGACGUGGUGCCGCGGGCGAUGCCGCUCUUCCACCGGGCCAUGCAGGAGCACGGUAAGAUGUCAAUCACUUGGUUUGGACCUGUACCCAGAGUGACCAUUACCAAGCCUGAACUGGUGCGAGAAGUUUUGUCCAACAAGUUCGGCCACUUUGAGAAGCUCAAAUUUGGCCGGCUCCAGAGGAUGCUGCACAACGGCGUGGGUAACCACGAGGGCGAGAAAUGGGCCAGGCACAGGAGGAUCAUCAACCCUGCCUUCCAUCUGGAGAAGCUCAAGCGCAUGUUGCCGGCCUUCGCAGCAUGUUGCACCGAGUUGGUGCAGAGAUGGGAGGGUCUAGCCCUAGUCGCGGGCGAUGCGCCGUGCGAGGUUGAUGUUUGGCCUGACAUGCAGAACCUGACAGGGGAUGUCAUCUCUCGCGCUGCAUUUGGCAGCAGCUACCUGGAGGGCAGGAGGGUCUUCCAGCUUCAGGGGGAGCAGCUUGAGCUCUUCUUGCUCGCCAUGACCAAGAUGCACAUCCCUGGUUACUUGUUGUUGCCUACCAAAGUCAACCGAAGGAUGAAGCAGAUCGCUGCCGAGAUCGAGAGGGUCCUCAAGGGCAUCGUCGCCAAGAGAGAGAAUGCCAUGAGAGCCGGCGAGGCCACGAGCGACGACCUUCUCGGGGUGCUGCUCGAGUCCAACAUGGCGCACUGCAGGGAUUCGAAGGGCGCCGGCAUGGGCAUCACGACCGAUGACGUGAUCGGGGAGUGCAAGUUGUUCUACUUCGCCGACGCGGAGACCACGUCGGUGCUGCUCACAUGGACCAUGAUCCUGCUCUGCAUGCACCCGGAGUGGCAGGACCGUGCCAGGGAGGAAGUCCUGCGCGUCCUCGGCCCCACCGGCACGCCGGACCACGACGGGCUAAGCCGCCUGAAGGUGGUCACCAUGGUGCUGUACGAGGUGUUGCGGCUGUACACGCCGGUGAUGGCCAUCCACCGUGAGACGUACAAGCCAAUGGAGCUCGGCGGCGUCAGGUACCCGGCGGGCGUGGUGCUCAUGCUGCCGCUGCUCUGCGUCCACCACGACAAGGAGGUGUGGGGCGCCGACGCCGACAAGUUCAGGCCGGAGAGGUUCUCCGAGGGGAUCUCCAAGGCAUCCGCCGACGCACCGGCGUUCUUCCCCUUUGGGUGGGGCCCGCGGGUGUGCAUCGGCCAGAACUUCGCGCUGCUCGAGGCCAAGAUGGGGCUCGCCAUCAUCCUGCGCCGCUUCUCCUUCCAGCUCUCGCCGGCCUACAUGCACGCGCCGUUCCCCGUCGGCAUGCUGCAGCCGCAGCACGGCGCGCAACUCAGGCUCAAGACCCUAAUUCACUGAGCCAGCUACUUAUCACAAAAUGGGAUCCAUGAUCCAUCUGCAUGUCAGGAAUAUAUUUAUGUGUAUAUUUUUGGCUUUCUAUGCAAAUUGACCCAAGUUUCUCUACUA